UGAAGUACUUAACGAUUGUACUUCAAACAGCAACAACAAAAAGGGGGAAAAACAGUAAACCCUAGAAGUGGAAUUGGAUUUUCUUUGCUUCGACAAUUACAACACGAAUUACUAUGUUUUUUUUUUUCUUUUUUUUCUCUUUUCCUCCCCUAAUCAUUCAGCCCAUUGACAUCCGACAAAUUUCUUUUCGGAUCUUGUCUUCUUCCACUUCAUUCAAUGACCACAACCCUGAAAAACCGACCUUUCAAUCCCGAUUUGUUUCCCCGACCGUGUGGCUCAAAUCCGCGGAUUUCUUUAUCUUUCUUUUCUUACGUGCAUUUGUGGGAUUAAAGUCAUGUGCAUCUCCUUGAUCUCUCCCUGUAAGGACCCCUUUUACGUAAUUUCUUUCCCACUGUGACCUGCAGCGACAAUUCGGAUGCGAAUGGCGGGAAUCUGGGAGGACCCCAGUUCGAUUGUGUAAUGCAAUUAUGGAAUCUGUUGAAGAUUAGGGUUUCCAGCUUUGAAUCUUCCAGUUUUCGCCGAAGUGGUCGUUUAUGCAGCCGAUUGAUCUCGGGUAGUGGUUUGCGGGAUAUUGGUGGCUUGUUAAUGGCGAGUGGUAAGGAUUUAGGCAGGUGGAAGCCAGAGAGUGAAUGUUGGUUCCUUGGCAAUAUCUCGAACAUCCCUUUUCUUGACUGUUAAUUUGUUCUGUUCUAAAUAAAGAAAGACAGCUUUCCUGUCUAAAUUUUAGCUAUGUUCGUGAAGGAAUUCUCAUGAAAACCUAAGCUUUUAAACUCAUUUAUUAUCUGUGUUUAUUGUACAGGUCAAACACUGUUUAUUUAUUGAUUUCCCAUGAACUUUUGUCAAAAUGCCAGAGGAAAAUCAUUAAGCUAACUGGGGAAUUAAUGGUACUGCCUAUACAAAAUCGUCAGGCCUCUUAGUAUUUGCUUUCCAGCAUUUGAUGAUAAAUGUAGGAUUGCUGUUGCUUGCAUUGUAUUGGUUUAGGUUUCAUGUUAUGUCCAAGAACACUAAUUCUUUUUUGGCGGAAUUGGGAAGUGCUUGAAAUUGCUUUGGAGCUAAUGCUCUCAACAUCUCAAAUGAUAAAUAGGCUGUGAAAAUUGACGAUAUUGAUCUUGUAUAACGUGACUAAGGAGGGUAAGUUUCACCAGUUUUUGCUUGUGGAUUAGUAUCAUUAGAUAGAAAUUUUUUGUUGGAAAAUUGCUGUCUAAUGUUAAUGACCUCGAAAGUGUGCUGAAACAUAAUCUCUUCCGAGUUUAAAAUCAGCAGUUUUAGCCUCGUUAGGAAUAGGAUAUCUUCAUUGAUUUUCUGAUGGACCUUGGUGAUGUUGAGCAAUCCUUGCUUCCUAACCUGGCCGAUUCUGGUAAGAGGAAUGCUCUCCAGAGAAGAAAAUCUGCCCGUAGUGGUAGUUUUUCACAAUUGGUAGAAAAUAACAAUCAACCACAAAUUUGUGAUGAAGUGUCUCAUCAAUCUACGAUUGCUCAACAAAUCAGUUUUAGGCAAGUGUUUGUUCUUCUGGCCACUUAUUUGGGAGGAGGCACACUUUGUUUCUUCCUCGUUCAGGAUCAGAUCAGCGGCAAGAAAACAAACGGAAUUGUUGACGCCCUUUACUUUUGUGUUGUGACAAUGACCACUGUUGGAUAUGGAGAUCUUGUUCCUAGUAGCUUAGUUGCAAAACUACUUGCAUGUGCUUAUGUAUUCACUGGAAUGACUCUUGGUGGGAUGAUUCUUAGCAAGGCAGCCGAUUACAUUGUGGAAAAGCAGGAAAUCCUUCUGGUUAAAACUAUGUACAUGAGGAACAAUAUUAGCUCCAGUGAGAUCGUUCAAGAAUCUGAGGCUCACAAACUGAAAUACAAAUUCAUAAUGACCGGAAUCCUCCUUUGGGCUCUCAUAGUUGUUGGAACUCUUUUCUUAACUGCGGUUGAGAAACUAGAGUUCAUGGAUGCCUUUUAUUGCGUUUGUUCCACAAUCACUACUCUUGGCUAUGGGGAUGAGAGCUUCUCUACCUCAGCUGGUCGUGUUUUUGCUGUAAUUUGGAUAUUGAGCAGUACCAUCUGCUUAGCUCAGUUCUUUCUGUACCUUGCAGAAUUACGCACUGAAAGGAGACAGAAAUCACUGGUGAAUUGGGUUCUCAACCGAAACCUCACACACUUGGAUCUUGAAGAAGCAGACCUUGAUCAUGAUAAAGUAGUAAGUGCUGCAGAAUUUGUUCUAUAUAAGCUGAAGGAAAUGGGGAAGAUCUGUCAGGAAGAUAUUUCACCUAUACUUGACACCUUUAAGAAGCUUGACAUUGAUCAAUCUGGAUCUUUGACAGAAGCUGAUUUAGUAACUUCAUAGUCGUUAUGCUGCGGAAUAACACCUAGCUAUUAUUAGAUCAUAAACUCUUGUAGAGCAUCAAAUGAGCAUAUUCAGGCCGUCCUGCAACAUAAUCUAGAAUCCCUUCACCCGCCCUUACACCGUGAACUUCAAUUCCAACUGGGAAACUGCCUCCAAAGGCAAUCAUUGCCACCAAGAGUACGGCUGUGGAGACAAAGAGUGGCCAAAAGAAUGCUAGAAUGCUUAGGAA